AAUAGUCUCUCUCUCUCUCUCUCUCUCUCUCUGCUUUUGCUGAGCUCUCCCAUUUGCGAUGGAACCACAGGCAGAAAUUCCCAAAUCCUCGAGGCACAAAUGCUCCGCAUGUUUCAAGCAAUACAAGAUAAAAGAUCACCUUGUCGAACAUAUGAAGAAAUCAUAUCAUUCAGUUCAUCAGCCCAAGUGUGGGGUCUGUAAAAAGCAUUGCAAGACACUGGAAUCAGUUAGAGAGCAUCUUACAGGUCCACUGGCCAAAUCUGACUGUGCAGUGGUCUUUGCUGCCUUGGGUUGUAAGCUCUGUCUAUCAAUAUUUGAUAAUGUUGAUGCUCGUGGCCUACAUGAAGUCUCUUGUAGCUUUGAUCCACCUUCUGUCCCUGAGCUAAUGUCCUUGCCUAUUGCUGACAUGUGCGAUGAAGUUGAAGCGGCAGUUUUGAACUCAGCUGUGCCAGAUGAUAAUGGUACUUGCCCCAAAUUAGUCGCUUUGGACUGUGAAAUGGUUGGAGGUGGAGAUUAUGGUUCAUUUAACCUUUGUGGUAGAGUUUGCCUUGUUAAUGAAAAGGAGGAGGUGAUAUUUCAUGCAUAUGUAAAGCCUAUAAUUCCAAUCACUGAUUACAGAUAUGAAUUAACUGGCAUAACAGAGGAUCAUAUCGUAGAUGCAACACCAAUUUGUGAAGUUUCAAAGAGAGUCAAAGAAAUAUUGUAUAAUGGGGAAGAAUCGACAUGGAGAAUGCGAACUGAUGGUGGAGAAGCUUGUCUUCUUAUAGGUCAUGACUUGGACCAUGAUCUUGAAGUUUUACGAAUGGACUACCCUGAGAACUUGACACGGGAUACAGCCAAAUACCGUCCGCUUCUGAAAACAAAUUUGAAAAGCCAUUCUCUGAAGUAUCUGACCAAGACCUACUUGGGGUGUGUAACUCGUUCGUAUGAGAUACAGUCUGGUACACAUAAUCCAUAUGAGGAUGCAGUUUCUGCUAUGAGACUUUAUAAAAGGAUUCGCUCUAUUGUGCACCAAACCAAUGAAAUUUCCAUUCAAGAUAAUGAUGAUAGCAUCUAUUAUACCAACGACAGCAAGAAGAACAGCCCAUUUGAUUCCAACAAGAACAAUAAGAAGAAAAGCCCAUUUGAUCUAUACAAGAAAUGUGAACUCUUGGCUAAAUCCCCGGAUGAGCUACUUGAGAUAUCCAAGUCCUCCUACAAAUGUUGGUGCUGGGAUGCAAAAAGAACGCUAAACAGGAUGAUAGAAGAGUGAUGAACUGGAGUUUUUUCUUAUCUAAAGUUCCAAUUUCCCCCAAAUAUACCGUACAGUGGAAAGAUAUUUGCAGAGAUGGUGAAGAUAUAUGCAUGCCCGAGUCCUGAUUAUAUGCUUUGAGAUUGUCGAAAUGCACUUGCUCGAUCGUGUGCUUCGACUAUUUGGAUUAAAAUAACAUAUUCUAGAUUUUGUAGAAAGAAUAGAGCGAAAUUCCCGAAAAGGAGCACAUCGUUAAAAUUGGGAGAUAAUUCGUCAAUCUUACAUUGAGGAUUGGGAGUUGAGGGGAUGUUGUAGUGAUGGAGAGAGGUGACGCACCAGACCUAGAUGUGUACAUAUGUCGGUAUUGGGGAAUUACUCGCUAAUGAAUAUAUCGAGAGAACAAAGCACCUUCCUCGUACAUGUCGAGGGGUCCAAUUGAGAGAAAGUUGGUAGAAGAACUUGAUGAUGUUGCUUUUAUUGCAAUGAUGCAUGAGAUAAACUACCAAGCAAGAGGCGAAGAAUGCAUUUGUUCGCAUCAUAAGAAAGAUUUAGUCCACUCUCAGAAAUACACGUCAUGCAAAUCGUGAUGGACGUCAAUAACGACUCAUAGGGUACGAGCGUCGAUGGUUGCGAGGACACACCGGGGUGAGCUCAAGUCGCGCACAUGACGUAGCCAGAUGUUCACAGAAGGUUCAAGAUGAGGAGAAUGUCAUGCGUUCACAAAUUCACACACAACCGGGCGACGAGAUCAUCCAAGCUCAUGUUGAAGGCGAAUGGAGACGAGGGAGUGGAAGAAGAGGGAGAGGGAGAGGGAGAGGGAGAGGAAAAAAAGUUCUUAAUAUUAAUUUUGAUAUAGUUUGUAUUAUGAUGUUUACGUUUGAAAUGCUAAUUGGAGUAAAUGUUUAUGAUUGGAGUUUUGGUAAGUAAAUUACAAGUUUGUUUGCGCUUGAAAUUGGCUAUAGAUGUAAUAUAGAUAUAAAAAUAGAUGUUUAUUUGUGAUUAAAAUUGAUUAUGG